AUUGAUUGUGCCAAUAUGAUGGAUAGGGCCCCCCCUGAUACUCAGUGGGAUUGGAAAGAGCACAUGAAAUUGCUCCACAUGCGUCAAGAAAUUGAGAAAUUUGUGGAGAGAUUGGAAAACUCCUAUAAGCAGGAGCUAUCUGCAGUGAAAUGUGCAAGCUAUAGAGGAGAGGGUUGAAGAAGUUGCCUCCAUGCACGAUCAUACAUCUGCUAAAGUGGAUGAAUUGGUGGCCCAAGGGGAAACGAUUGACCAUCACAUAUGCCAUCUAUACCAUCUUCAUGAUGAUAUUGAGAAUCGUAGCAGGAGAAAUAAUGAAAGAAUAAGAGGUCUUCCUGAAUCUACUAAAAUGGAGGACUUGAUUCCAACACUCCAAGGCCUAUUCAACACCAUACUUGAGAGACCAGUUUCUGAGUGGAUGGAAAUCGACAGAGCCCAUAGGACUCUGGCUCCCAUCAACCCGGAUCCCUCCAAGCCUAUAGUUGUCAAUUGCCAUCUCCAUUAUUUCUCUGUGAAGGAGGAAAUUAUGCGCAAGGCCCGUACCUUUUCUACUAUUGACUUUGAUGGGGCUACCUUAACAAUCAUGCAAGAUCUCUCAUGUUUCACUUUGGCCCAGAGGAGAGUCCUUAAACCUAUGUUAGAUCUCCUCAGAGCAAACAACCUUCUCUAUACGUGGGGCUUUCCAUUCCAGCUAGUAGUCCGCAAGAACGGUCAAUGUAUUGAGUUGCGGGGUCCAAAGGAUCUGCCAUUGUUCAUCGCAGCGUUGGACCUCCCCAUGAUUCAGCUCCCAGAUUGGUAUAGCUUACCUCCACUGCCUUCUUGAUCCCUCAUGCGGAGACCCAGGAUUCCAGGAGCAACCUACAGCGGCAAAGCAGCACUACCCAACCCACCUGAAACUGUCAGAGGACUUCAGGAAAAGUAUAUUCUGUUUUUUCCAGAUGUCAUAGAAAGUAUUCUACCCAUUAGGCAGAGACACUCGCCUAACAAUAAGAGGGCUCUUUACCUUUCACAGCUCAGCUCCAUGUUUGAUAUAUUUUUUGUCUUUUGGUGUAUCCUUCACCUAAAGUUCUCUGUGAUGCAAUAGUAAUGCAUAUGUUUGCCUUAUUGCCAGUUUGGUGGCUCUGAUUGUAGGGUGGCAACAUCCUGCUUGUUAAUUAUCUAUUUUAUUAUCUAGUUUCUCAGCCUCGGGGUGGCUCCUCUGCUCUGUCGUUGGAAGUCCGUCUUCUACCCAGGGAUUCGUCUUUACCUAGUUAAAGAUGGUGAACUCCACAGAGGAUUUGAAUUGUUUUGCUUUUCUGGGCAGGUUAGAUACUGCACAGUACUAGUGACAUUUCCCUGUCACUAUAUUUGGAGUUUUUACUCUAAUCCCCCUUCCCCCCCUUUAUUUUUUCCUUUAGUGCUGCACAAGUGAUUUCUCAAUCUCUUCUCUAUCUCUUUUAUUCUCUUUUCUAUUCUGUUCCUUUCCUUCCCUGGUCGAUCUUUCCCUAUCCCAUCCUUACAUUUGAGAAUAUGGCUCCAACUAGUGUCAGACUUGCCUUGCUAAAUGUUAGGGGAUU